CAUAACAUAACAGCUAUGACGAUGCUGCGCGCGUGGGCGCGAGCGCCGCUUGCGAUUUUGAGGCUGUGUGUUGCAGGGCUGUACAAGUUUGCGCUGCUACUGAAGCUUUAUGUGGGAGUUCUUGAGCGGGAGGCGAUGCGCGCGACGGCGGGGAGCGGCGCUGAGGACGCAGCGCAGGCGUCCGUCGACGAUGGACGAGCCUGGAUUGAGUUCUGCGAGUCACUCAAGGGCCUCGCCGACUAUGUGGUGCCAUCACCGGGGGCUGACAGGACCGCUUCGCCGGCGCCAGCAACAGGUGCUGCAGCUGUUGACGCACUGGACCGGCGUGAGGGGCUCCGGUACAUGAGCCGCGUCCUCCGAGGAGGUGUGGAGGCAUUCCUGGAGAGCUGGGACCCUGCCUACCCGGUACUGCGGCCGCUGCCGUAUAACGUGAAACUGGGGGCGGACAAUCCUGACAACCUGUACAUGUACGGCACAGUGUCUGGCGCGUUUGAGUACCGCAUCCGCGGCACCCGCGGCACCGUCACCUACCUCAGCUUCGGCUGCUACAGCGGCAGCCGGCCGGGUCAGGGCUCCAGUCGGCCCGACCACCUGGACAGCUCCCGGCUGGUCACACAGGAGGACGGCAGCUUCGAGAUCUUUCUGACGCCGCAGCCGCGCGGCAAGAACUGGUUGCGACUGCCUGCUGACGCCAGCCGCAUCGUGGUCCGCCAGACGUUCCUGGACCGGACCAAAGAGGUGCCUGCGGACCUGCACAUUGAGCGCCUGCCGCUGGCCACGGUCGAAGCGGCGCAGGUGGCGGCAACGGCCUCGAGCGCCAGUGGCGCCGCCAGCAUCCCGGUUGUGGACCCUGCGACGGGGCAGGAGGACAAGCCGGCGCUCACCGCGGGGCAGGUGGUUUCAGGUCUGGCGGGUGCGUCUGUGUUCAUCAACGGCUCGGUGAUGCAGUUCCAGGCCUGGUCGCGCCAGUUCGCGGCGCGCCCCAACACGCUGUUCUGCCUUGACCACGACGUGUACAUGAGCGCCUGGGCUGACCCCGCCAUUUACUUCCUGCACGGCUAUUGGCGGCUGGGGCCGCAGCAGGCGCUGCUGAUCCAGGCCACUCCCCCCGAGUGCCCCUACUGGAACUUCCAGCUGGAUAACUGGUGGAUGGAGUCGUUGGACUACGCCAACCACCCCGCAAUCACCGUGAACAAGGCCACCGCCCGCUACAUGCCCGACAAGUCCAUUUGCCUGGUGGUGGCGCACGCCGACCCCCGCCGCGCGGACGGCAGCCCCGACAGCCUGCCGGCGCUGUUGAAGCCGGCGCUGCUGGCGGGUGUGACCUGGAUCGACACGGCGCACCACAGCCACGGCACCAUGGGUCUGCGCUGGGUGCUGGCGAAGCAGCACCCGCUGCCGCGCUGCACAGUCGUGGAGCUGGGGCAGCCGCUGGCUGACGCAAUAGCCGCCGGCGUGUCGGUGUGAGAGACCGCGAGAGAGAGCUCGCAGGAGCCGGGUGGAGCCAAGGGUGGAGCUGGAAGUUGCUUUGGGGUCAGCACAAACGUCAGUGCUAGGUGUGAAGCGCCGUGCAAAGGUUCAUUAUUUCUAUAUAUGGUCGAUAGGCUAGUCACAAUGGAGACGAAACGGAGACAUGCAGUUAUCAACAAGCGCACACUCCUCUCUGCUGGGUAGCACCGCUAGACAUGAGCAGUCUGACGGGGGGCGGGCGUCCAUCGGUCCAUGGGUGGAGCCCCUUGCGUACAGAAGCCAUGAUGAAGUUUAGCCGAUAUGUGUGUUGCCGAAAUACUGGUGUACACGGGGCUGAUUAACGGUUGCAGGAUGGAAGGUAUGAUGUGACAGAGAUACAGGGAUGUGGAGGUUUGCGGGAGGCGCGGCAAGUUCAGGGUGGAUCGGAGGGGCGCAGCAGAGCAAACUGGAGACCCUUGAGCCGUUCUCUGGCUGACAUCGUAAUGUGACCCGAG